AGACUUUGUGUUAAUUCUUUUAGAAUUCAAUUAAUCCUGUAUUUGUUUGUAGGCUAUAAAGCUUUAUUUUGGAACUUUUUAUUUGUGUUAAUAUUAUAAUUGUUCAUUGAGGAAAUACGUUAAAAUUAUUGAUUAAAAGUGAAUAAUUUACAUGGAGUGAAGAAUGAUAUUUUGCUUUGUAAUUUGAAUGGUCUAAUAAGGCCUUGUGACCUUCAACAGUUACUCAAGAAACGCUAUACAGCUAUCAAUUGCUAAGAAAACCCGAAAAUCAAAAGCGGUUAACCUGGAAAAACCAAUAGGUGUAUGUAAUUUUCUGCUGCCUUCUCUAAGGUGACAUUUUGAAGAGUAAGGAGACCUAUUGUGGUAAUCUCCAAUGAUGAACGUACUCCGGUCUAUGUUUGGUGUCUGCAGCAGUUCAGCUGAGAAGGGCGAGGUCCACGACACCAUCAGAAGGGUCUUCGGCAAUGAGAUGGUGAUGAAGGAUAAUACUGACAGGCAUUUUCAAAGGAGCAAGUACGUGACUCAUAUCCGUGAGAAUCUGCCAAAGAUGCUGGAUGCGAAGGUCAUGAACCAUAAGACUAAGACCAAGAAACAUGCCCCGCCUGUUUCAGACACUACUGACUCGACAGACGACAGAUUUGGGAGGAUUGGACCAAAAAUCGUGGUGUUCGAUGCAUCCACUGGUACUGGUCGUUUAGUCCUGGUCGGUGAUGAGAGGGUGAGCGUCCAGGGUCUGUCCAGCUUCGCCACGAUCAGAGCUACAGCAUGCAUCUACGGUGGCAAGUGGAUGUAUGAGGUGCAACUUGGAACUAAAGGUAUCAUGCAGAUCGGCUGGUGCACAGCGUCCUGCAUCUUCUCAAUGGACACAGGAGUUGGCGACACGGCACACUCCUACGCCUACGAUGGAGGCAGAGUCAGGAAGUGGAACGUGGCCACCUCGCCUUACGGGCAGGCGUGGUUGCCUGGUGACGUCAUCGGCUCCUGUAUCGAUCUGGAUAGAGGGAUUCUGGAGUUUUAUAGGUUUCCAGUAGAAGGUUACGCAGCAUUGCAAGCUCCUCCCAACAGGGAAUGCGCGCGCGCCGCAAUACUCUUCAAGUCGCUGGAAGCACUGCUGGAUGAACUGGUACGACCUUCAGAUAUGAAGACUUCGCUCACUGCUAAGAGUAGUAAGGCAUUCCUAAUGUCACUAUCAAGAUUAGUAGUAGUGGAAUUAGGUACCACUCUCCGUAUGUCAUAUGUGGUGGUAUCAGAACUGCUGCCUCGGUUCCGUGGACUCAUUGGCUUGAAGUCCAGGAGCAUACACGUGGACCAACACGCCGCUGAUUUCUAUAUGAAGUGCCGGGACGAGAAUUUUACGGGUCUUGCAGCAAAAUUCCUGUCUCAGCCCCACCCUCGUCUGUGUACUAUGCUGGACCUACUGUGGACAUUUCUGGAUGAAUCUGCUUUGUGUGAUGUUCUCGAACAUUGCGUGGUCAGAGAGUGCCUGCUAUUUGAUUUGGUUUCUCAGCUAGAGUUUCUACUGCUACUCCUGGACAACACUGAUGGUACAAAUAUGGUGCCCUCUACCAGGAAGAUAUUCCUGGAGAAGUUCCGAAGGCAGGCGCCUCCUCACCUACCUGCCAGGACAUUUAUAGACGGAGAGCUGGACUUCUACAAUGUUGACCGUCUUGGAGGAGUCCUGCCGUUCUUAGUUAGGACAUUAAGGCAAGAUCUUGUCGGUGUCUUGGGCGAGGACAAUCCCUUCAUACAAAGCUUCGAACCCAACUACAAUCGAGCUGGUGGCAUUGAUACUGGUGUCAGUGAUAUGGCUGCUGGAUCUCCAGGGUUGGCGACUCUCCCUCAAGUCAUAUCCUCAAUGGCCAGGUUCAUGCAUCCGCCUAUGCCACCAGUACCAAAUAGCAUCUUUCCACCAGGUGGCGAGAACAUGACUGAACAGGAUAAGAUGAAGAAACAGCUCAUGGAAGGCAUGCUGAAGGAAUUGGAGAGAUCUAAGUCUGUAUAUGAGUAUGCGCAAGUAGCCAGUAAAGAAAUACUCCCUGGCAAGAGUUCCUUAUUGGGAGGCACCAGCUAUGCCUCUCUACAGCUGGAAUACACGUCCAGUUCAGAUCAGAGUCCUCAAAGUCCGACGUCGAGGGCCACUACGCCACGUACAGGAUCGAACUCACAAAUAGGAUCAUCUAAUCAAUGGGAGGAGCUCGUGGUGUCUUGUGCUGCGUUCCUAUGUGCAGAGUUUGCAGACCAGCGCAUAGUUCUGGCCAGUACCAGAGAGUCUCUAGUACAGACGCUAGCAUCGUUUGCUACUCAACCAGCCACCAUGAGGGCCAUCGAACGAGUGCCUAUAAAACAACAGAUGUGCAUGGUAGAAGAAUUGGUCCGUCCAUAUCAGAACCGUGCGUGGGCGCAGUCUAACUGGGUGCUCGUGCGGUUCUGGCACGGUUCUGGAUUUGGAUUUCGACAUCGACAGUGGCCCCAUUUAGCAGCUAGAUACGGUGACAGAGAACCGACAGUCAACAAUCUUGGAGCCAAAGUGGAUGCAGGACUCAUGAGUCAAUGUUUCGCAGCCGCCUAUCUGAAUUCUUUGCUCAGUCAGCUCAACUGGGCAUUCUCAGAGUUCAUUACUAUGAUGCAAGAGAUGGAUCGAGUAAGCGUGGACGCACAUCUAGAGUCACGUCAGAUCAAACUAUGUGCAACAUGUUUCGACCUGUACCACGGUUUGGCCAGAGCACUGGAGAUGACGCUACACCUUGCUCCCUUACUGCUGACCAAACCAGAAGCGUGUGAAAACCAGAAUGAGUUGCUACUCGGUAGAACUUGCCAGAUCUUAAUGGCAGUGGUAUCAAGAGUAUGUAUCCGUGGUGGUGGUGGUGCCAGUUUUGCCCGUCUAGUGGCCCGAGGGUUACCUGAUACGGACCGGGUACACUAUUACGUGGCACUCGCCCCCGUGGCCGGCUGUCUCAUCAGAAUGCUUGACUCAAAAUUACCACCUGAACACCUUGAUCGGGUGACGAAAGCGUUGGUAUUGGAACCUCUGUUCAGGAUGGACGGCCUGGAUCUAAUGUUGGGCAAGUCCAAAGACAGUAAAGUGUUCUCAUUUUACAAAUUGGCAAGCAAGCAGCGCUGUUUGUGGACAGCCGAAACACCAGAGUAG